CAUGAGCGCACGCCAUACGACAGACCAUACCACACUACGUUCCAUUCGCUGACUCGUUCCUCAUACGUCUGCAUACCAAGGUGCAGUUGACGGGCACAUGUGUGUGUUCUAGUGGUGUUUUACGUGUGGAAGGGCCCCGUUAUGCCCUGAACUAGCGUCCAGGGCCUGUGAACAUGCUGUGAGACCACGGAUUUUAGUGUUGUGUUGCCCGAUACCAAGUACAGUUGACAUGGGAUACCUGUAAGAUUGCUCCGUGCUUCAAUUAUGAAGAAAGGAUUUACCAGUUUCACUGUCGUUUGGAUAUUUUUCGUUUCUUUUGAUUCUUCAUCAUGUGUGAACGUUCACUUCGAGAACAAGGACGGGGGCUUCUUCUUGAAGCAGACACCGCGCCAGAACUUAAUAACGCAGCCGGAUUUGUCCGGCGCCACGAAUUCCGGACUGCCGCUGUCGAUAGAUCGAUUCACGGUAUUCCAGAGCUCCCAACCGAUUUCCGUUAGGGCGACUUACGGACCGUUCAGCACCAAACAAACGGUACCGGCCCGAUACGUCGUACCCGAUCCGCUACCCCUUAACACUUCCGGACCUGCAAUAGACCUUCAAGACCAAGCCACCCAUCACUUGGACAUGUCAGCUCACAUCGUCCGAAGUGAGGUGCCGAGAGAUUCGCCAGUUUUAAGAGUCCUGUUCCACACGGGCACAGAUCCGGGAGGUCGGAGACAAAUGCUCCUGGCCAGACACCACCAAAGGGUCUGCAUCGUACUUCACGCCACCAUGGGGACCAGGUCCCCGUUACAUGCUGCCUGCAGUCCGGAUGGAGAAGAUGGUGUCUGUUUGGCACAGGUUACCAUUCCGUCAGAUUGGUGGCCUCCCUUACCAUCGCCGGACAAAGAUGGCAAUCCAGGGAAGUUCACAAAGACUCCACCACGUCUAGUGCAAGUUGCUUACUCAGUUCUUGAGCCAUGGCCGGAUGAGGGUGAAGGUUGCCAUCCAAAAAUGCAGGUCCAACCUUCUGUUGUGCUGGGUACUAUACCUUUAGUACCAGCAAAAGGUGCUUACAAGGAGUUCAAACUAACAGAUGCUAUAAUGAUGUUGGUGCCACAUCCACCCUUGUUUCCCAUGUCCAGGAUGCACAUCCCAGUUUUCAUUGACCGACAGAAGGCUAAACUAUUAACAGCAAUCGUCAUAAGGGCUCGAGUCAAGAGCGGCGUCCGUCUGUUGGAGGCGUCGGUCGGCGCGGCGGCGACCGCCUGGAACAUCUCUGUCGACAUCAACCCCAGACACACCGGAGCCACGGUGACCCUAGUCAGGAGGGAGCCCCCGGACGCGGACGAGGACGCCCACGCCGGCGAUGUAACUGAAUUAUUCACCUGGUUAAUCGAGAUAACCGAAGACGCAGCCGACGACGGGGUGAAAAUCGUGUGGAACGCCAGAUUCGAGCCCCACCUCGAAGAGACGGAAAACGUGGAUAUACAUCGACAAGAAGGGAGAAAGUCCACCACCCGAUUCGAAGUGCAGAAGGACGACAUACAAGCCGUGGUGCCAAUUAGCAAGAACUGGGAAGUGUUGAACACUGCGGUGCUAACAGGACAGCAAGUUUCGCAGGCGAUGAAAGUUUUCAUAGUUUCGCAAGCCGGCAAAGCAGCAGAUGUUACAUACCAAGCUUCUUGUCAUUCCGAGGACGACAGCGUUUUAAAGGUGUCAUCAUCGUGUGGAUCAGUUUAUGUCGAUGGCAGCGAAGUUCGUGGUUCAGUUAAUGGAUCAGUUUUGGUCAAAUAUGGAACGUACACCGGAUUGGCACGUUUCACAGUGUGGAUGCCCGAAUUUCCUUUGGAUCUGCAAGUGGGUGACACGCGACUUUCCCAACUUAAAUCCUGGAGGGUUCCAGACUUUCAUCCCAGUGUAACCAAAACCAAAAGGAAAAAGAGAUCUUAUGGAAAUUCUUGGGGUGCCAACUCUGAUGACAUGGGCAAUGUUGUGGAGAAGCCUAUUUGUAGAUUGAGGUAUCAACAAACACCAGUUGAUGUAUACGCCCAUUUUAUGGCAACAGACCACGAGUCUGGUCGUAUCAGUUACCUGAUCAACAGAAGGACUUGGCUCAGAGUUACCGACUUAGUAUUGCCCUGGCUGAGAGUUAGUGAUCCCAGGAUUGCUAGUCUUCAUGGCAGGAUCUUACAAGGAAGAAGCACUGGUAGGACAGAAAUUCAGGUGUUGUCCCCCAUAACAAGUAGAGUAUAUGGAGCAAAGGAAAUAAGGGUGGGAAAUGACAAGGUUGGACUCUCCAGGUUGUCAGUACAAGUUGUAUCAGGACUCCAACUAAAUAUCUCACCAGAUAGUUCCAUUGAAAAUGGAUAUAUAGCUGAAACAAGUGUGACCAGAAAAUUGACAGCACAAUAUCAAGAAGGGCUGUUGGAUAUAGAAUUGGAAUUCUCAGACGGAAGUAAAACUCCAUUAAGGGAUAUUUCGGAUACCGAUUACCAUUUGGUAGUUGAAAGCUUGGACCCUGAUGUCGUUGCUUUUGCUCCAAUGGUGGCUUCUCAUCAUCCAAGAGUUAUUGCCGUUGGUGAAGGUAACGGUGACCUUCUACAAGUGACCCUUCUCCUCGCUGAAGAGUGUCGUUUAAGUGGAAGACCGAAGGGCAAAGCUGCAGGCCCAUUAGCCACGGCCGCAGCUUCAAUUGUGGUGGAUUACAGCAGCAGUGAUAUAUCACACAGGCCGGACAUACUUCAAAACGAUGGAGGCAGUUACGGAGGAUCGAAGAGUUAUUUAGAUCUUCAGGAUAUCUUGAAGGGUAAUCCCAUUCAAGAUGAAAACUCAGUGGAACCCAACGUGCAAGCCAGACAAUAUCAAGGAGGGAAGAGGAAUGGAAGGAACCAUUCUUAUGCACAUAUGACACCGUUAGAGAUCAGCAUGUACGUCCUCCUGGCAGCAUUUUGUUGCGCCAUCAUGGUUUUUGUUAUUUCUUGUGUGGUGUAUGCCUCCAAAUUCAAAAACAUAGAACCUGGUGUAACUGCAGGAGUGAGGGCUUCACCAGUUAAUCCUGGCAGUCUUUCAUACGCCAAAGAAACCAGAAAACCAAGAGAAACCACUACUAAUGCUCAUGAUUGGGUUUGGUUGGGCAGAGCUACAAUGGAAAGCUCUAAUCGUAAUUCCACUGUGGCCAACAACAACGCAAACGAGAUGCGCAUUACAGCAAACCCGUUGAAUUUGAAUUAUGUAGACCCAGAUGAUUGUUUGGCAACGAGUUUCAGUAACCCUAACCACAUUGAGCUACCAUCUAAGUCUGCUCUGCAACAACACGAAGCCAGUACUUCGAACAACAACAAUGGUGGUCGUCAGAUCGACAGCAGUACUUAUUGUAAGAGCAAACCUAACGGUGGUGGCGUUAAUACUACUAAUACUAAUGAUAAUGACGAGCUGCAAGUUUGGAAUAAACCGACUCCACCACCCCCAUUGCCGCCCCAUGGAGCUUUAUGUCAACCACAGGUAUCCGUGGAACCAAGAGCCAAGUCCACUGUAGUCGAGAUCGAAGCAGAAGACUACAGACCACCGGUACCACCGCAUCGUAAUAUUGGAAUCACCGCUAACUCAUCCAUUGAGUCCACACCUCCAAGGAAGCACCACCACAGAAACAGAAGUCAGGAGAAAGGGAUUUACAGGCCGCCAUCAAUUGAUUACAACAAAGCAUCAGACUUCCCAAGACCGCCAAGUGACAUCAUAAAAGACGGUGACAACAACCUCAGAAGUGUCUUCGAGUUCGACGACGACCCACAUGAAGAUCAGAACAAGAAAACGGAGGCGGACGAGUCCAAAAUCCAGUUCGUGCAGUAUCCAAAAUCCCCAAACGCAAACAACAGAAACAGUGCUGAGGUAAAGAGAGCGACUAUUGUAGGAAACCCAAUGUUUAGUGCGACUGACAAUGGCACAGAGUUGACCACCACUCAAGAUCUUCCUGGUCUUGAUGACUUACAGCUGGAUAUGGAUUAUGACCAAAUUAUGCAUUAUUUUGAGAAUUUAAAGGAGUCAAAUGCCUGAGUAGAGGAGAUCAUUGCAAAGAUCCGCGACAUACUGUUGUCGUUCAGCGAACAGUACCGUGCCUCGGCGCUGAACGGCAACGUAACGGGGCCGGAUCCCACCCGUAACAUCAACCAGAGUUUCGACUACUUCUUCGACCACCUCAGCGAAUCGUACGCCUGAAUUUCGCGUUCUAGGGUCAAUUAUACUCUCGACUAUAAGACGACUCGUGCUCGUAUCUAAUUUUAAUGAGCCACGAACGUCAACUGUAUCAUCCGUGUAUACCCACUAUAUAUAUAAAAAAAUGUAGAUUUCUGUAUGUAUAUGCAUGUUGAUUCGUGUUGAGGCUCGGCAAUAACAAGAACCGUCCACGAGUAGGCUCAAUUUUAUUUUACUGAUUUGUAGUACUAUGGAGUUGUGGAUGGUUUGGGUGUCGAGCCUCAGGAUGGAAGACUUUCAACAAAAUAAAACGCAAUUGCAAGACUGAUUUAUAAGUUUUUUCCAUUGUUUUCAGCAUUUUUCAAGAUAAUUCUACUGUUGUAUUGAUUAUAAUUUGAAUUGCUUUCAGCUGUAAAAAUAUGUAGCAACUUGUAUUAUAAUACAUAAUUAUCGAUCGAUAUUUUUGGUUUUAGACAACUGCCCCCAACAAAUUAAAACGAACAAAAAGUAUCGUUAGUAGCCGAGUUGAUUAACAUUGAUCGCACAAACUUUCGGCAGAACUGUUUAAAAUCAAAACUGUCCAAAGUACUUGUAUAAUAUAAUAGGUAUAUAAAUAUAUACGAUGUAUCGAGUUUUGAGAAUAUAAUUUGAAGCGACAACAAGCGAUUAUAAGGGGUAUAUAAAAAAAUUGAAAAACUGGGUGUUGCGAUGGAUUUUUGCAGUGAUCAUAUAUUGUAAACAUAAACUAAUUGUCUAGUCAAAAGUAUCUUAGCUUUAUUUAUAAAAUAAAAAGUAUUUUAUACGAAACAUUUGCCAUAUUUAAUGAAAAAUUCGUACAUAGAUGCACAACAACGGUUCCUCAUUGCAUAUUGCUUCUUUUCUGAAUUUAUUUUUGUAUGUGUUUUGUUCAGGGAUAAAACAUACUUUUGACUAAAUGUGUAUUCUCUCAAAAGUAUGUUUUAAAGACUGUUUUUAAUUUUAUUAUUAAGAUGUUAUGUAUAAUUGUGUAUAUAGUAGAAUGUCUAAAACCGCCCUGACUGAUAAUGAAAAAAAGGGUUUGUAUUCUUGAGUUAUUCUAAAAGUCAUAUAUACGUAUGUUACAAUAGUUACUGUUUGUGCUUUGAGGCAAAAAAAGCAACAACUUAUUAUAUAUGUAGCAUGCAAUAAAUGUAAAUUUUAUAAUUUUCAUUUUUGUAAAUAAUAACGGCGAACACUAAACCUAAACUAAAUUGCUUUAGGUCUAUAGUUAUAGGAAUAAAAGAGUAUCCAGACUCUAGUCUUCAUUGUAUAACUUGAAAAUAAUUAUUAAAAAAUUAUUGUGUAUAUCUAUAGAUGUUAGGAAAGUGCUUUAUUUGGAGAAUACUACUAGCAUCACAGCUUUAUUAGAAUGGAAAACACAGUUUUUAAUGUUCAUUUACGGGUGUUAUGCACAUACCUUACCUCUUACCUACUUAAUCUUCCAAAUGUUUCUCCUUUUUUCAAACAGUAUUAUUUCCAUGUUAAUAUGAAUUGUUAACACCAAAAUUGGUCACUCAUCACGAGUUUUCUCCACAGAAAUGCUUGUUAAUGAGGUGAGUUGGUGUUAAAAAUUCCGGCUUUACUUAAGUUUUGUAUAUAUAAGAUUAUGAAAAUGUUAUAAUUGUUAUAUAAAUAGAAAUUCUUCUGAUAUUGUGCUUAAGGAAAAUUGAUAUAUAUGUCUAUCUACAUCACAUCAAAGUAGUGCUCGACAGUAAUACUCCACAUAGAAGUUUUUGUACCAUUUUAGUGACAUUACCAUUUAGAACACACGAUUUAUUUAAUCUAAUUAGAGUCUUCUGUUAAAAAUUGGAUCAGUGUUUCGUCAAAACAUAUCAGAAAAUAUGUUGAAUGGAUGGCCAACAGAAGACUAUCACUAGGUUUCGUUUCGAAAUAUUAAUUUGCUCUUACAACGGAGGAUAUUGAUGUAAAUUGUUGAGUCAACUGAUAUAUGUACAAGUACAAUAUUAUAAGUUACCAAAACAAAUCAGUAAAAUAAAGUAUUUGUAAUUGUC